UUGAAUGUAUAAACGCGUGAACGCUUCAAAAGUUAUGUAUAGCAUUAAUUGCAAUGAACACGUAUUUUAUAUUAAUUUUGCGUUGUUUAAUUGUUAUUAUCAAGUCUUUGAAGUUUUAUUCACUAUUUCUAGAAACUUUACGGGCAGCUGAUCAAUCGUAUUUAAUCGCCGAAAGCCGAUUCGAUACAACACCUAGAUUUUCGAUAGUUUUCUAUCGAGCCAAUGUAGCGACUACGGGAACUCAAAGUACUCGAUACUCGCAGAGCCAACCCUGACAUAGGUACUUGCCAGGCAAUGGAGUCUAAUUUAUUUUUGGUUUUUCUGUUGGCUAUUUUUCUGUGUAAAAAUGCAAAAGUUAUGAUUCUUGCAGCUGAUCCUAGCGGACUACUAAUUGAUGAACAACAGGAAAUGGACUCGGAAAUGUUGACACAUGUUAAUGCCAAGGAAUUUCCAGCCGUGCCGCAGAAUUCUGUGCUAACACAUCCCAAGAGACAUAUUAAGAGUAAACGACGAAUGAAGCGCAGAUUGAAAUGUUAUGCCUGCGAGCCGCCUUGUCAUGAUCCCAAUCAACAUGCGCACACCUGUCAGAAUGCCAUACAGUGCUGGAAGUCACGCACACGUGAUGCUGUUGGUCAAGAGCAUGUGUCACGCGGCUGCAGCACGACGCCGGAACAUGUGCAGAUGAUUUGUCAUCAGAAUACGCUGGGCAAGCUAAAUACUGGCACAUCCAAACGGAAUACAGAUAAAUUGUUUAAAGUAACUUGCUGUGCCACAGAUUUUUGCAACGAUGGCGAAUUUCCAGAGCUGCCGCCAUUUGUGAGCAGCGAUGUGAGCACAGUAUUGACUGCUGACAGCAGCAACUUGAGCAAAAUGGCACUGGCUAUAAUGGGUCCGUUCAUAGUCAUAGCGCUUAUGGGCGCCGUGGCUAUUUACUUAAUACGUCGUAAUCAUCGCAAGCGCUUGGCAGCCACACGCACCAAGCAGGAUCAUGAAUCAUAUUUGGUCAAUGAUGAACUGCUGCGUGCCACAAGCGCAGGCGAUAGCACUUUACGUGAAUAUUUGCAGCAUUCGGUAACCUCUGGUUCGGGCUCUGGAUUGCCUUUGUUGGUGCAGCGCACGCUGGCCAAACAGGUAACGUUGAUAGAGUGCAUAGGGCGAGGCAAAUACGGUGAGGUCUGGCGUGGACACUGGCAUGGCGAAAGCAUAGCUGUCAAAAUCUUUUUCAGUCGCGAUGAAGAGUCCUGGAAGCGUGAAACGGAAAUUUACAGCACUGUACUGCUGCGCCAUGAGAACAUUUUGGGCUUCAUUGGCUCCGAUAUGACAUCACGCAAUUCCUGCACACAGCUCUGGCUAAUGACACACUAUUACCCGCUGGGCUCGCUGUUUGAUCACUUGAAUCGUAAUGCCUUAAGCCACAAUGAUAUGAUUUGGAUUUGUUUGUCCAUUGCCAACGGCUUGGUGCAUUUGCAUACGGAAAUCUUUGGCACUGAAGGCAAGCCUGCUAUGGCGCAUCGUGACCUAAAGUCCAAGAAUAUAUUGGUCACCUCAAAUGGCACUUGUGUCAUUGCUGAUUUUGGCUUGGCUGUAACACACUCGCAUGUCACUGGACGUCUGGAUCUAGGCAACAAUCCCAAAGUCGGCACCAAGCGUUAUAUGGCACCUGAAGUGUUAGACGAAAGCAUUGAUAUGCAAUGCUUUGAGGCUCUGCGUCGCACGGACAUUUAUGCCUUUGGCCUGGUGCUGUGGGAGGUCUGUCGCCGCACCAUAAGCUGUGGCAUUGCAGAGGAAUAUAAAGUGCCCUUCUACGAUGUAGUGCCUAUGGAUCCCAGCUUUGAGGAUAUGCGCAAAGUUGUCUGCAUAGACAACUAUAGACCAUCUAUACCUAAUCGCUGGAGCUCAGAUACUCUCUUGGCUGGCAUGUCCAAGCUCAUGAAGGAGUGCUGGCAUCAGAAUCCCAAUGUGCGUCUGCCCGCAUUGCGCAUUAAAAAGACUAUACAUAAAUUAGCUUCCGCUGAUGAGAAAAUACGUUUAGAUUUUGAUGAAGUCUGCGUUUAGUUUAAGCCAACAAUUUAAGUUAGUUUAAGCCAUUUUCAUUUCACUUAGUUGUAUAAGUUUUCAUUGCCUUCAAGCUAUUUGUUGUGCCUUAACUAUGACUUGAAGCCUUAUCAUACACAUACAAACACAUAACUAUAUAAGCCUCGAUUGCCUGCAUUUUUGGAUAAACAAUUCAGUUUUAUUUUCAUUUCACGUGCCAUUACAAUUAAGAAUUGUAAAACAUUUUCAUGUAAUAGUGUUUUAAGCUCACUUUUUACACAUGCAUCAGAACUAACCAAGCAGCUAUAUAAUGUAUAGUAUAUGUAUAUGUUUAGUUUAUCUUCUUAGUUAAGAACUUAUACUCUGCUACACAUAAUUUUGCAAGUUUUAUAAAACUUUAAGU